UAACACAGUACUGUCUACCAAUUAUUUACCUUGAUGUAUCUAAUUGUUGUUUAUUUUUAAAUACAUGAUAUCUUCAAAUAUUCAGCCCUGCAUAUAUCAGAAUCAUGUUUUUUCCCCUGACAGUUAUUAUGACUGAUUAUAGCGCUAUAUUAUCAGGAGAACACACAACCUUGGGGAACCCCAAGAAGAGGACAAUGUUGGACAAAAUACAAGCAAAUGUUGGACAUUGGCCAUCAACCUCUACUAUAAUAUAACUAUAGAUGAUAUACUGUAGUCAGGUAGCACAUGUUGACUUCCUGUUAACCCUUUGAUUGGCUAUCCCUCUCUGAAAAACAACAUAAAGGCCAAGAUCUAGGCCGAAAUAUUCAGUUUCUAAUAGCAAUUGCAAUGCAAUGGAACCAACAUUUCCAAUGAAGGCUGACAAGCCUAGUGACUAAUGACAUGUUCUCACAUGGUGAUAACGCCUUGCAAGAAGCUGCAUGCAAACCCGCUGAUGGAAAAUGGAGAUACAGACAAAUUUAGUCAAGGGCACCAUUUUGUGUCACUGACACCUACACCACAGCCUAUGCCAUUGGUUCUGAGGAAACAUCUGUGUGGGAGGUGUUUGUAAAUGUUUAUGUAAAGCAUUAUUUCUGUUUCAUACUGAGUCAACUGUUAGAUUUGUAACUUUAGCUUAAUUUCCUAUAGCUUUAAAUUACAAACAUUAAGUGGCAGUUUUGGCUUAGGCCUGUAGCCUACACAUUUUAGAGCAGUUUACCUGUGUUUAAAGAAAAAAUACAAUUAAGAAUACAAAAAAAUACAACAAAGUAAUCUGCCUCAUCAGUGUUUGUAAUCAUGAUCGCUACCUCUGCCAUAAUUAUUGUAUUUAUGGUUUGGGCCUCAUUUCCAACAUCAGGUUCUUCAAGUCCUCUUCGCACACCGCUUGGUAGAAAAUUGUUGAUACCCUGCAUAAGUAAUGAAAGUCAUCCAGAAUCUUUUAGCUGGUUUUACAGUACAAACAAUGCUGGUCAGCGCCGCACCCAGCUUUUUCAUGAGGAUAAAAGUGGCCGACAUCACCUUUCCAAAGAUUUAUGGCAUAGAAAGAGUGUUUCAAGGAAUCGUUCAUUGGUAAUCAGCCCUUUUACAGAGAAGGAUCAAGGAAUAUACUCAUGUGAAUUGUAUAAAAAUUACAAGAUGACAUAUGGAUUGUCCACUUCAGUUGUUCUUGAAAAAGAAUCCCCUCAUGCCAGUAAUAACCACUGUGCCAGACAGUGGCUUUAUGCAUGAAGUAACAAAGAAUGUGAUUACCAGCACAUAUUACUCACUUGACUCCGCUCUGAACAACACCACCAACAAAAGAAUAGACAAUGGGCCUACUCCUUCAGUUAACGUUACCUGUCUGACACUGACGUGUGAUGGAGGCCCCACCAGUCUCAGUGCUGCCCAUCACGGGGGGCACAAUCAACAUGAUGGAGUACCUGCUGCAAGGCAGCGUCUUGGACCAGGCCCUCGAAAGCCUAUUGCACCGCCUCCGGGGCCUUUGUGACAACAUGGAACCCGAGACAUUCGCCGACCAUGAGCUGGUCUACCUCCUGAAGGGCCAGCAGGGCAACCCAUUCCUGCUACGUGCCCGCCGCUCCCUCUCCCACCCAACAGUUCCCUGGCACCUGCGCUACCUGGGCCAGCCGGAGGUGGGUGACAAGUCCCGCCACGCGCUUGUUCGCAACUGUGUGGAUGUGGCCACCUCGCACAGCCUGCCCGAUUUCCUCAACGAAAUGGGCUUCCGCAUGGACCACGAGUUCGUAGCCAAGGGCCACAUUUUCCGUAGAGGCGUGCUCAAAGUGGUGGUGAGUAAACUGUCACGCAUCCUGGUCCCUGGGAAUACAGAGAACACUGAGCCGCUGUCACUCUCCUACCUGGUGGAGCUCAGUGUGUUGGCCCCCGCGGGCCAGGAUACCAUGUCGGAGGACAUGCGCAGCUUCGCUGAGCAGCUCAAGCCCCUAGUUCACCUGGAGAAGAUUGACCCCAAGAGACACAUGUAAGAAGGGGUGUGUUAAGAUGUUGUAAGUGGCUAUUGGCAGUCAUGGACAAAGUGGAGUUUUUAUUAAAAUGUAUUUUUUGGGACUUAAUUUUGUAUGAUUCCUAUAAGAAAGCGCUUUCCCACAGUCCUUUGUCUCUGUGAAGGAACUCUAUAUCUCACCAUCUGCCAUUAGGAUGUUAGUAGUGUUUGAAAAGGACUUCACAAGAGGAUUGACACAGCCAACAUGGACGAUGUGACAAAUGAGGCUUUGAAUGAGUCAAUAAAUAACAAUAUCUAUUCAGUGCUGAACAUUGGUUUUGUGUGAUGCUGAUAGUGCUUUGUUCUGUGUUGGAUAUGUUUCCAGAAAUGCACAGCUAUAGUGUUUAUUAAACAUGAUUUUUCUCAACU